AUGUUCUCACUAGUCAUCCCAGUCAUCUUCCUGGUUUGCUGCUUGGUCGCCAUGUAUAUUCGGCCAUCCUCUGGACGGCAUACUUGUCCUCGACGUAUCCACAAUAUCCUGCAUGUCCGUCGCAUUCUCCGCAUCUCGACUCUCGAAUCUCGUGCUAUCCCCAACAAACGACUUGUCGCGGCAUUUGGUAUUAACAAUGCCUUCACCACGACAGACGUCGAUUACCAUCGAGCUUUUGUUAGCAAAGCCAAGGAGCUGAUUAGGACGAAAGACCACGGGUGGGUGGAACUUUCAAAUACUGCACAAAAUAUAGCCGACAGUACUCUCAACCCUCUUCGAGAAGACAGCGGAAUCCUCACGCUUCCGCUGAUCAGGCUCGUGCAAAGUCUGGUUUUUCGGAUCGUGGUCAUGAAUUUCUUCCCUGGAAGCGACAUGCCAUCCGAUGAAGACGUCGGAUUUAUCACAGCCAAGAUCAACUCUCUGUGGCUUGCAUCCAAAGCAUGCAGCGGCGACGAUACAGUGAAGUUGUUCAACGACAAGGAACAACUCAUCAGCAAGCUCAACUCCUUCACCCGCCCUCGAGCUGGCUUCCAACAACUUGAGCAGACUACAGACAAGGACAAUCCGCUCAACUGGAUCCUACCGGCAUAUGAGACCCUUUGGCGAGUGGUGCUGCACUGCUUUCUUGAAGUCCGGUUUCGAGCUAAACCAUCAGAUGCUUUGGUCUACAAAUCAGUCAUUGACCAAUUUCUCAAUCAACCAAGCCAGCAAAUCUUCGAAAUACCACUCCCAUCAUCCGCCGUCACAGUACGCCACAUUGUCGACGAAACACUCCGUCUCUACCCACCGACCAGACGCAUCAAUCGCCAACUCUCGGAUGAGCUAGUCGCCAUCGACAUCGAACACAUCCACCGCGAUCCUAUCAAGUGGGGUGACGACGCCCUGGAGUUUCGACCGGCUCGCUGGGAGGAGAAGAACUUUGACAAGAUGGCUUUCAAGCCUUUUGGGAUGGGGAAAUUUGAGUGUCCUGCGAAGAACUCGUUUGGCCCGAUGAUGAUUGGAGUGCUAGUUGGUGCUUUGUUGAGUGGUAUUGAUGAAGACUUCGAGUUAUGUGUCGAUGGUGUUGGAGGGGAUGUGUUGGGAUCCGGACCGCUUGAGGGUGGUAGGGAGGCCCAUGUUGGGUUGGAGUUGAGGUUGGCUAAAGAUGACGGAAUUUUGUUGUUGUGA